UCUCUCUCUCGCACACACACACCUAUCAUGUCUUCUGCGCUGCUCUACAGAGGGAAACUGAGGCACGCCUAGGUUUCCUACAAAUAUUACAGAACAUUUCCACUUUGUCACAGUCCGUCGCCAGGAGGAGAACCUUGGAGGGAAUCAGGGUGUGGAAUGGACUAAGCCCCUUCUGAAACCUCCCCCAUUGCCCUUCUCACCCCGACAGGCUGCCGAAUAACGUCCACAUUUCACUCCAGCUCAUUCCACCCUCCUGGGGGAUGGGGAAGGGAAAUGGCUGCAGAGAAGCUGGAGCAGGAUUUCCAAUUCCAAAACCCGACAUGAUCUCCCAGAUGGAACAGGGUGAAGAGCCAUGGACCCCAGAUCACCAGAGCUCUGAGGAAAGGCAGAUCCUUAGAAACAUUCGCGCAGCAGGUGAGGGGACGGUGAGUGAGAACAAGGAGGAGAAUCCACAGCAGGAAGGUCUUGAGCAAGUGGAACCGCGUGGGAUCGUAUCAGGAAGAUUUGAAGGGAACAUUUCCCAGAAUCCUGAGCAUGAAGAUGCCCAUGAGAGUCAGCACAGGCCAGGAUUCAGCAAGGAAACCACGCAGGGAAGAGACAGGUUAUAGCCACUCACCGAGGGGGAGGUUUCAAAAGUCAUAAUGAAACUGUGUUCCAGCUGACAUUAAGCACUAAAGAAAAGCCGCACGAAUGUGUAA